CGGACCUCCUCAAAUUUCACACUUUAUAAAAGGCCAAACUGGUCCUCAAAAGUUCAUUUACUUUCCUAAUCAUCUCAAUUUCACAUUUUUUUUCACAGCAAAAUGGCACAGAAGGUGGUGUUGAAAGUUCUAACCAUGACCGAUGACAAAACCAAGCAAAAAUCCAUCGAAGCUGCUGCAGAUAUCUUUGGGGUUGAUUCGAUAGCGGCGGAUCUAAAGGAUCAGAAGCUGACAGUGAUAGGGGAGAUGGAUGCAGUGGCGGUGGUGAAGAAACUGAAGAAAGUAGGCAAAGUUGAUAUAAUAUCAAUCGGACCUGCUAAGGAAGAAAAAAAGGAAGAAAAGAAGGAAGAAAAGAAAGAGGAGAAGAAGGAAGAGAAGAAAGAGGAAAAGAAAGAAGAGAAGAAGGAAGAAAAGAAAUGAA